UUUGCCUUCACCAUGGGCACCGAGGGGGCGGCCCCCGGGCCUGGCGGGCAGCUGUGCGGGGCGCUCAGUUUGGUGCUCGGAGCGCUGCUUUACAAAGUGAUAGAGGGCCGAGGGGUCACGGACAAUGGACCAAGAUUUUCCUCAUUACCAACGUAUCUACCUGUGAGCUAUCACAUCCUCAGUGCUGAGACAUCAUUUUUCCUUAAGGAAACCCACCAGGAUUUUAUGAGGAAUUCCAGUUUGCAGUCCAGAGUCGAGUCAUUCUUUACAUACAAAGCCAAGAAGCCUCCUGUGUUGAAUGCUAGCUAUGGGCCUUUUUCUGUAGAAAAAGUUGUGCCCCAAGAACUAAUGAUGACUUCAAAUUUUUUAGGAUCUAACGACAAGUUUACUUUUAACUGGAAACUUAAAACAUACAUCAUGAGUGAUAAGAUCUACUUGAACCGGCCCAAAGUCCAAAUCUUGUUCUACAUUGUGGGUCGGGAUUGGGAUGAGUAUAGCUCUGAAGAGAGACUUCCCUGUCUUCGAGUAUUUGCCUUUAGGGAAACCAGAGAGGUGAGGGGCAGCUGCCGCCUGGCAGGUGACCUUGGACUGUGUGUUGCAGAAUUGGAGCUCUUAUCCAGUUGGUUCAACCCUCCCACAGUGGCUGCUGGGAGGAAAAAGUCUGUGGGUCAGUUGGAAGGAAGCUCUGUGGAACUAUAUUACACAAUUCAACCAGGAGAUGAGAAAGGGGAGUGUACAACUGGGGAUAUAAGGAAAGGCAAUGCCAUCCGCCCAGGGAAGGAUGGACUAGACCAAACCAUGUCCCACUUGCAAAGGAUUGGUACCGUUGGCCUUUAUCAGGCCCAGGAGAAUUUUCAGCUUAGUGAGUUACGGCUGGAUACCAAUGUGGUCAUCUGGCUGCCAUCGAAGCCUGUCAAACAAGGAGAGGUGGUCAAUGCCUAUGUGACUGUCGCCAAUAAUUCCACCAUUGACCUAUUCAUCUUGAGGGCCAAGGUGAAGAAAGGCGUGAAUAUUCUUAGCAUCAAGACAAGUGAGCCUCGGCAAUGGGACGUCAAGCAGGAGAUGGGAAAUGGUGGGAAACACUCAACCACCACUGUAAUCUGCCAACGGAUAGUGUCCAGUUCUAGGAACAGGAGCAGUAGUUUAUUUAGUGAGGUUGUACAGAUGAACUUUGAAAUCGCCAGUUUCAGCAGCCUCUCGGGGACCCAGCCCAUCACCUGGCAAGUAGAGUAUCCCCGCAAGGGGACCACAGACAUCGCCGUCUCUGAAAUUUUCAUCAGCCAGAAGGACCUUGUUGGAAUCGUUCCCCUGGCCAUGGAUACAGAAAUUCUGAAUACGGCCAUCCUCACUGGGAAGACAGUAGCAGUGCCCAUCCGAGUGGUCUCCAUAGAAGAGAACAGCGCCGUGACGGAUAUCUCAGAGUCAGUGGAGUGUAAGUCCUCUGAUGAAGAUGUCAUCAAAGUGUCAGACCGAUGUGACUAUGUUUUCGUCAAUGGCAAAGAAAUCAAAGGGAAGGUGGAUGCCCUUGUGAAUUUCACCUAUCAGUAUUUGAGCGCCCCCCUGCACAUCACCGUCUGGGUGCCUCGCCUGCCUCUACAGAUCGAGAUCUCUGACACAGAGCUGAGCCAAGUCAAGGCUUGGAGAGUACCCAUCGUUUCUAACAAGAGGCCCACAAGAGACAGUGAUGAUGACGAUGAUGAGGAGAGAAGGGGUAGAGGGUGUGCCCUCCAGUACCAACAUGCAAUGGUCCGAGUCCUCACCCAGUUUGUGUCUGAGGACUCAAAUCCCUGGGGCCAGCUGAGAUAUUUACUGAGCCCUGACUGGCAGUUUGACAUCACUGACCUGGUAACAGACUUCAUGAAAUUAGAGGAGCCGCACAUCGCCAAGCUUCAGGAAGGGCGAAUUUUGAUUGGACGAGAAGUUGGCAUGACGACAAUACAGGUUCUCUCACCCCUCUCCGAUUCCAUCCUGGCUGAGAAGACCGUGACGGUGUUAGAUGACAAGGUGGCAGUGACGGACCUUGGCGUCCAGCUGGUGGCGGGGCUGUCAGUCUUCCUCCAGCCCAGCUCUGAAACUAACAAGGCUAUCACCGCCACAGCCAUGGCUGAGGAGCUGCUACAUACUCCCAAACAGGAAGCCGUGGUCAGCAUGUGGAUCCAGUUCAAUGAUGGCUCAGUGACACCACUGGAUAUCUACGACCCCAAGGACUUCUCCCUCUCGGCCACAUCAUUGGAUGAGACCAUCGUGUCCGUGCACCAGGGCCACGAGCUGAGGUGGCCCCUCGUGGUGGCAGAAGGGGAAGGGCAAGGACAGAUCGUCAAAGUUGACAUGAUGAUUUCUGAGGCCUGUCAGAAGUCCAAGCGUAAGAGUGUGUUAGCCAUGGGCGUUGGCAACAUCAAAGUCAAGUUCGGGCAGAACGAUGCCAUCUCUAACCACGGAGGGGAUUAUGAUGGGGAUGAGAUAGAGAACCAUGCCAGCGACCGCAGACAAAAGGGCCCGGACCAGGAGCGGUAUGGCCAGGAUGGACGAUACUUCGGAGGUUCCUCCAUCGAUCGAGAGGAGGGAGUUCUCCGUAAAGUCACCACCACUGUCAAAUCAUUGAUCAACAACAAAGUGGUGAAAAAUAGCAAGCUCGAUGGAGGCAGACUGUCUGGUGAUGGACAGCUGCAGAACAUCCCCAUUGACUUUACCAAUUUCCCUGCCCAAGUUGACCUCCCAAAGAGUAGCGGUGGGCUGGAAGAGAAUGACUUGGUCCAAGCUGCCAGGGGUUUAAGUGACCUUGAGAUAGGGAUGUACGCGCUCCUGGGGGUCUUCUGUUUGGCCAUCCUUGUCUUUCUGAUCAACUGUGCCACGUUUGCCCUGAAAUACCGUCACAAGCAAGUGCCGAUAGAAGGCCAGGCCACCAUGACCCACUCCCAUGACUGGGUCUGGCUGGGCAAUGAGGCUGAGCUAUUGGAGAAUUCUGGGGAUACAUCACCCCAGCAAGAUGAGCACACCACAAUUAUAGACCGGGGACUCGGCUACGAAGAAAGCAACCACCUCCUCCUGAAUGGUAACACACAGAAGCAUGUUCAGAGCCAGAUUCACAGGUCGGCUGACUUAGGGGGGAAGCAAGAGAAAGAACAAAAACCUGACCCUCUACACUCCCCCACUUCCAAAAGGAAGCGGGUGAAAUUCACCACCUUCACAACAAUACCUCCAGAUGAUGGCUGCCCCACCGUCAACUCCAUUCUCAGUAGCAAUGAUGAUGACAUCAAAUGGGUGUGCCAGGACAUGGAUCUGGGUGACUCCAAAGAACUCAGAAACUAUUUGGAGAAAUUCAAAGACAAAGUGUAG